GGGGCGUGUCCCCGUUUGUAAUUCUCUGGGGUGGCGGGCGGCGGAAGCUGCAGGAGUGGAGCGGUGCGAGGAGUAGGUUGCAUGGUUGAGGCAGUGCGUUUAUAAAAGUAUCUAUGGAGAACAGUGAAAACUCAGUGGAUUCGAAAUCCAUUAAAAAUUCAGAAAUGAAGAACUUACAUGGCAGCAAGUCAGUAGACUCUGGUAUAUCCUUGGACAAUAGUUACAAAAUGGAUUACCCUGAAAUGGGUUUAUGUAUAAUAAUUAAUAAUAAAAACUUUCAUAAAAGUACUGGAAUGUCAUUUCGGUCUGGUACAGAUGUAGAUGCAGCAAGCCUGAGAGAAACAUUCUUGAACUUGAACUAUGAAGUCAGGAAUAAAAAUGAUCUUACACGUGAAGAAAUUGUGGAAUUGCUGUACAAUGUUUCUAAAGAAGAUCAUAGCAAACGGAGCAGUUUCGUUUGUAUACUUCUAAGCCAUGGUGAAGAAGGGAUAAUUUUUGGAACAAAUGGUCCUAUUGACCUGAAAAAACUAACAGGUUUCUUCAGAGGUGACUAUUGUAGAAGUCUUACUGGAAAACCCAAACUUUUCAUUAUUCAGGCCUGCCGAGGUACAGAACUAGACUCUGGUAUAGAGACUGACAGCAGUACUGAGGAUGACAUGGCAUGUCAGAAAAUCCCAGUGGAGGCAGACUUCUUGUAUGCAUAUUCUACCGCACCUGGUUACUAUUCCUGGCGCAAUUCAAAGGAUGGGUCCUGGUUCAUCCAGUCACUGUGUGCUAUGCUGAAACAGUACGCUCACAAGCUUGAACUGAUGCACAUUCUAACUCGGGUUAACCAAAAGGUAGCAACAGAAUUUGAGUCCUAUUCUCUUGAUUGUACUUUUCAUGCAAAGAAACAGAUUCCAUGCAUUGUGUCUAUGCUUACAAAAGAACUGUAUUUUUAUCAUUGAAGAAGAGGGGUGUUUUUUUUUGUUUUUGUCAUUUGUAUGCCAAGUGAAGAUACUAAAAUGGAUACUGUUUUCUCUCCUUUCUCAUUGAAAUCUAAUAGUACUCCAGCUGGCAUUUUGAAAACAUCACUUUCAUAGCAAUAGAGUUACUAUAAAGCUACCUCAAACUUAAAAUCAGGUAGUUACAAUUGGAUUUAAUUAGGAACAAGUAAAACUGGAUGGUGGUACUAUAAUAAUCAUGAGAGGAAAUGAUAAUAGCUCUCUGUUAUCAAGUUUUGGUGACAUGCUAUGAAUUUCAAGUAAUUAUAAAAAAAUACUGUGGGAAUGAAAUUUCAGCGAUGUCAACAUGACAGUUAAAAUUAUGCAUUCUGGGGGCAAGGGUAGAUAGCAUAAUGGUUAUGCAAAUAGACUGUCAUGCCUGAGGCUUCGAAAGUCCCAGGUUCAGUCCCCUGCACCACCUUAAACCAGAGCUGAUCAGUGCUCUGGUAAGUAAGUAAGUAAGUAAAUAAAUAAAUAAAUCUUUUUAAAAAAAGAUUAUACAUUCUGAUUGUUGUGAAGCUAUAAGAAUGAUGGUAUGGAGUAAUGUACCCUAGAGCUUGGGGACCCACGGGCAUAGUUAAAAGGUUUAAAGACAUUAAUUUUAGAAUUGAUGUUCAGAAAUAAUUUGGUUUUUUACAUCAUUUACCUGAACUCAUGGUUUUGUGAUGGUUAUCAGAGCAUGCCUUUGUUAUAAAAAAAAUCAUGUUUUAUAUUGAAAACAAAACAAAAUAAUUUUUAUAAGUGCUGACUGUGUGAGCAAACAAAGUUGACUCUUGCAAAGCUAAAUGCAACCAAGACAAAGUUGCAAUAGGUGCUGAAAUGCAGCUGACUCACCAGCAUAGGUAGCCUUGUUUGUUCUGAUGAGCUUCACAUACCAGCAACAUCAAAAAGGCUGAUAAGUAAAAACUUCAAAUUGAUGGGACCAGGCAGUGGCUCACCUAGUUAAGCACACACACUACAGUGUACAAAGGACUCAGGUUCAAUCCCCCAAUCCCCACCUGCAGGGGGAAAGCUUCACAAGUGUUGAAGCAGGGCUUCAGGUAUCUCUAUCUUUCUCCUUUUCUAUCUACCCCUCCACUCACAAUUUCUCCCUGUCUCUAUCCAAUAAUAAAUAAAUAAAAAUUUUAAAGUAAAUAAUUAAAUAAAAAACUGUAAAAAAUUACUUCAAAUUAUUCAUCCACAGAUAGCAGCAUGAAUUGAAGAAAUUCUAUAAGGUUAUGUUAAACUGCAACUGAGACCAUGAACAGUGAGUGUAAGGAAAGAACAGUCAAUCAGCCGGAUAACCCAUAACUAGAAAAUGUCUUGAGGUUGAGCAGAGACACAGCCUAGUGUGUAUGGUGAAGACAGAGUCACACAACACAGCUCAGGCUGCUGGCUAUUUUCUACAUAUGUACUGGUGCAAGGCAGGAAUCUCCAAGAAAUUGAACCAAAUCAGAAGCUCUGGAAAUAAAGAAUUUCCAGAGAUGACAAGAGCCACAAUAGAAACCAUAGUACUCUUGGUAGUCACACUUUUUAGCCUGAUAGGUUGUUUGUUGUAGAAGUUUACAGUCAAAGGAACUUGAUAUCAUUAUAUAUUGCUCUGUGAAAUAAAAGGACCAUGGCACACAGGAGCCUGAAAAGUAUCCAGUCUUCCCUUCUUUAAUAUUGGGAAAAUGGAAGACCAGAGGGGAGAAGUCCCAGAAGGGCCAGCUCCAAGCCUCCUCAUCCAGGUGUUGAGCCGUCACUCUCAGUGCAUUGCUGUAUCCCAACUACUUUUCAGUUAUACAUCUUGUGUGAGCUUUCUUUUGCUCGAAGACAGGAACUCGUGUUUAUAAAUGACAACUAUUUGUUUUGACUAGGUCUGUAAACUUUUCUUAGUAAACUAGGCAUGCAAUAGUAUCUUAAGGUAUGUUGCUGUGCGAUAGUUGUUUUUUUUUCCCAAAAUAAAAAAAUCUA